GAGCUUAAACGCAAAGCAGAGUAAGAAAGCAAAGCAGAGUAUGAACAAUGUAUUGGCUUAAACGCACCUUCUCUAAGAGUUCCACAAAUCCAAACACUGCAACAGAAUCCAAUUCCACACAACAAUCACAAGAACACGAACAUCAUGGGAUUACCGAGGAACUCAUAAACCUCGUCAAAUCAUUCACCAUUGACACCUUCAAAAACUUCUCUCUCAAAGAUGAAGAUGAAUCUACUUAUGGUGAAGAAGUUCAAUCUAAUUUGACCAGAGUUCGAAAGGAUCUUUCUCAAUGGCAAGAGAGACAUGCAGUUCUCAUACUCUCAAGAGUAAAGGAAAUGUCGCAACUGAGAUAUGUUCUGUGUCCUCGCCAUUUGAAGGACAAUCAAUUCUGGACAAUAUACUUUGCACUUGCCAAGAGCCAUCUUGCCCCAUACGAGCUACGUGCCAUUCAACAGGAGAAACUGAAACAGAUGGCAAUGGAAGAAGAUAAGUCUUCAGAGAACCACCCGUACGAAAUUGAAAUGGCAGAAGCAAAGCAAUGAUUUGUUGUUUGACUAUAACAGAAUCCUGAAAAUCCUCUUACUUGUGUAUAGCAGUCAAUGGCCGUGACGAAGUCCUUAGCUCUAAAAGCAGCAUCUCCAUGCUUCUUCAAAUUCAAGGUCUCUUGCAUUUGACUAGUCCAUAACUGAAAGGAAAGCUGCGGUUUCAACAUUCAAACAUUGGAGUUAGUAGCACAAAGUUAGAGAGAGAAAAGUGUGUAAAACAAAGUUCAUAUUCCUCUAUUUCAUUGUGUAUUAAAGUUUGACAGAAAACCUCAUUGGCAAUUCCUUCGUCAUCCUUGUAACCAGUCUUCUCUAAUAUUGCAUGUAUGGCAGUAAGAUCCAAUCUCAAGCAUGACUCACCAAAAGAUGUCAAUGACAAUGGUUUUGCUGAUGUUUCUGUUUCAUGCUGGAGACCCAUCAGAACAUGUGAUGGAACCUGUUCAUGUACUAUCCAAAUUAAAUGAGAGAUCAUAGUUUUCAUAA